CCUCCGCGCGGCAUGAUGGGGGAGCUGGAGAUUUCCAUCAUGGCGGCUUCCAUUUCGGGCUACACCUUCAGCGCUGUGUGUUUCCACAGCGCCAACAGCAACGCGGACCACGAAGGAUUUUUGCUAGGAGAGGUAAGACAAGAGGAAACCUUUAGCAUCAGUGACUCACAAAUCAGCAACACAGAAUUUCUGCAAGUAAUUGAAAUCCACAACCAUCACCCUUGUUCAAAACUUUUUAGUUUUUAUGAUUAUGCAAGCAAAGUCAAUGAAGAGAGUCUGGAUAGGAUUCUUAAAGAUCGGAGAAAGAAAGUUAUUGGGUGGUACCGAUUCCGGCGCAAUACACAGCAGCAGAUGUCAUACCGAGAGCAGGUUCUCCACAAGCAGCUAACCCGAAUCCUCGGGGUGCCCGACCUCGUCUUCCUUCUCUUCAGCUUCAUCUCCACCGCCAACAAUUCCACUCAUGCUUUAGAAUAUGUUCUCUUUAGGCCAAAUCGAAGGUAUAAUCAAAGGAUAUCACUUGCUAUUCCUAAUCUAGGCAAUACUAGCCAGCAAGAGUACAAAGUGUCUUCAGUGCCAAAUACUUCUCAGAGUUAUGCCAAAGUUAUUAAAGAACACGGUACUGACUUUUUUGACAAAGAUGGAGUGAUGAAAGACAUCAGGGCAAUUUAUCAGGUUUACAACGCACUUCAAGAGAAAGUGCAGGCAGUAUGUGCAGAUGUUGAAAAAAGUGAGCGAGUUGUUGAAUCUUGCCAGGCAGAAGUGAAUAAAUUAAGAAGACAAAUCACACAGAGGAAAAAUGAAAAGGAACAAGAAAGAAGAUUGCAGCAGGCAAUGUUGAGCAGACAGAUGUCAUCUGAAAGUUUGGAACCAGUGUUCAGUCCUCGGAUGCCCUAUUCUGGGUUUACAGCCGAAGGGAGAAGUCCACUUGGAGAUACAGAGGCCUCUGAUCCUCCUCCCCCUUAUUCUGAUUUUCAUCCAAACAAUCAAGAAAGUACUUUGAGCCAUUCUCGCAUGGAAAGGAGUGUCUUUCUGCCUCGACCCCAAGCUGUGGGCUCCUCCAACUAUGCGUCUACCAGUGCCGGACUGAAGCUCCCUGGAAGUGGAGCAGACCUUCCUCCUUCCCAAAGAGCAGCUGGAGACAGUGGUGAGGAAUCAGAUGACAGUGAUUAUGAAAAUUUGAUUGACCCCACAGAGCCCUCUAAUAGCGAGUACUCACACUCAAAGGAUUCUCAACCUGUGACACAUCCCGAGGAGGACCCCAGGAACACUCAGACCUCCCAGAUUUAACUAAACAAAAGAAACUCUCCACUUAGCACUGUUUAAUUGCUUACGAGAAAGUGAUUUGAGGACUUAAUCUUGUGGGAGAACUGUUUUCUCAGAUAUCCUGACUCCCACGAAGAGAGUCCUUGUGCACAGAGCUCGUGAGGCCUCCAUCUAGGGUCCUUACCUUCGGACGCAGCGUCCAGAUUUCAUGACAGAAUCAUUAAGAUAAUCAAAUUGUCCUAAUUCUGGUGCGAUUCAUGGAUGUACUAGUAAAUUUAGGCAAAGUGAAACUUAUCAGCAUAGUUUCUGUUCUUUAAAUAAAUUGAAAUUUAGAGACUAAGCACAAUUAGUCUAUAAAUGUUCUAUAAAUCAAAAACUUACCUCUUGCACUAUCAUGCCUUGAAAUUUACUUUUUCAAAGGGAAAUGAGUUUAGCAGCAGCCUUCAAAGAACUUCUUUCUAUGAUGAGCCAAAUUCAUCUUUGCCAGAAAAGAAAUUUUGAUAAUUCCAAGAAGCCUGAUUGGAACAAAUUGGAUAUCCCUUCUCUUCUCUGCAUGACUUUGUGAGAUCUAAAGAGAGGGCUUUGUUUCAACUUUUUUCUACUAGCCUGAUAUGUAUUGUCACUUAAAAUGGUUGCCUUUAAAAAAAACGUAGAAAUACUAAUUACCAGUAAGUAAUCAUCAAAUAAGUAUGUCAUAAAAUAAAUUAAUUAUUUUUCUCUUAGUGGAUUACAGUGACGACUGUGUUGCACUAGCACGUUUCUGGUCUCUGUUCUGGAGUCCUGCAGGACAUAGAAGCAGUGGAUAACAGAAAGGAGUUAUGUACCAGACCUGAGUUUUAUAAUGAACAUAUUCCAGACAUGGUGGACUUAGCUGAGUUCAUAUGUAAGGGAUAUAACUCAUUUAGAUCUCCUGACAAAUCCUAGUGUUAGUUUUAUUUGUGGAGGAAAGACAUUUAAUAAAGUAUUUGGGAAUCUUGAUGAAUAAAGAUUCAUUUUAAAUCUGAAUAACUAUACUUAUUUUUUUUUAAGUUGCCAUUUGGGGAAUAAUUAUGGAAUGUGUGGAGGCUCUCUGGGGAUGCAUUUAUGUUUUUAUUUAAUUACUGCUUAUUUUCUAGUUUUGCCCAGAACGUGUGAAACCACUUAAGACAUUCAUGAGUAUAUUGGGCUCCUGGUUUGGAAAUGGCAAGACCCACCAUUUUAUGACAAGGUCAGCCCACGAAGUUAAUGCUUGUUGUUUAACUGCCUUUCCUUUGGACUAGUUAAAGCCUGUAAGAAUAAAGAUGUUGUUAGAGUGGCUUAAAACCCAGGUUCUGAAAAAGUAGUUUCAAUUUAUAGGGUAGACAUGUAUUCAUGAGCUCCAGUUCUAAUGCUAAAUUAGGUGAUAAGAUAUGGACUGAAAGAUGAAAUGCUAAAACUGCCAUUCACUCUGAGGGGGUCUAUAUUUUACUGUCCUGGUUUUGUUGGCGUUACCCCACUGCCAUUUCGUUUAAAAUGUUGCAGACCACUUUUUCUGCAAAUGUGUUCCAAUUUUUAUCAGCUUCCUACUAAGCAGCUUCAGCAACAGUGUGAAUUUAAUUUUUUUAAGUGCCAUUGCCAUCUCUUCUGUUCAGAUUUUGACAUUCAGGAAAAUAUUUUUUUUAUGCCAUACUGGAAUCUACAAUGUAUAUCUGACAAAGCAGUUACAUGUGACAAUAAAAACUCAUUUAAUCAUGA